UGGUUGGGCUUCGGGCCGGUGUCCGCCCUUGUGUAGUCGUCGUCGCCGCUUGUGCGCCGUCGUCGUCUUCCGCCUCCUCUCUUGAUCCUCGUCCUCCUCCUCCAGUAGGAGUAGCUGAAGGCAGCAGAAGCAGCCCUAGAAGCACCACAACCAUGUCCCGCAAGUCAGGCUCUCGCUCCUCCUCGAAGAAGUCGAAGAAGUCAGGAGGAGGAAGCAAUGUCUUCGACAUGUUCACGCAGAGGCAGGUGGCCGAGUUCAAGGAGGGCUUCCAGCUGAUGGAUCGCGACAAGGACGGCGUCAUCGGCAAGAGUGACCUGCGCGCCACCUUCGACGAGAUCGGCCGCAUCGCCACUGACCAGGAGCUGGACGACAUGUUGGGCGACGCCCCAGGACCCAUCAACUUCACCAUGCUGCUCAACAUGUUCGCCGAGAGACAGACGGGCGAAGCCGACGACGACGACGUCGUGGCGAAAGCGUUCUUGGCCUUCGCCGACGACACCGGCCUCAUGGACUGUGAUACCUUUCGCCACGCCCUCAUGACCUGGGGCGACAAGUUCUCCUCGCAAGAGGCCGACGACGCGCUCGACCAGAUGGACAUCGACGACGCUGGCAAGAUCGACGUCAACGGCGUCAUUCAGAUGCUGACCGCCGGCGGUACUGACGAUGCUGCAGCGGAAGAAACGGCCUAAGCAUUCUCAUUUACUUUCCUUUACUUUUUCUUUGAUUCAUCCAUUUGAUCUUUAUCUAUUUUUUCUUAAUCUGUUUGCCGACUUUCCCCUCCACCCCUACCCUCUUUCCCUUCGCUACCGUCCCCUCCCCUCCCCUCCCCUUUCUUCCUUAUUCCCCUCAUCCAAAUUUUUCACAUUUCUCUUCUUCCUAUCUGUUCCCCGAGGAAAAAGACACAUCUACUACUACGGUUCUCCGUCAGCCGCCGCUUAUCGAAGCUCACGACACCGCCGGAAGGAAGCGAAGAAUGGCCGCUCAAACAAUAAUCGUCACGAGAGUGAGAGAUAAAAGAGAGAAAAAUUAAAAGACAAAAAAAACAGGUGUUCACGAGACUUUUCUUCCAGAAUAGUGCUACAACAGAACGCAAAAUGAGAACAGGAAAAAGCACAACAUCUAGAACUAGUGUUAUGAGUUCAUUGUUGACCAAAAAUGUCCAUAAAUAAAGUCUACGUUGGUAUAUA